AAAACUCUGUUGUGAAGUUUUCAGACCCCAGGAGGACGAGAAGGAGGACGAGAGAGACCAAGUCCCAAGGAGGUUGAUCUUGAACUCGAUCACACUAUCGGAUGGCUUCUACGGAGGGUCUUGUGCCUAUAACUAGGAGUUUCCUCGCGUCUUACUACGACAAAUACCCUUUUGAGCCUCUCUCUGAUGAUGUAUCUCGUCUUUCUUCAGAAAUUCGUUCUAUGGCCAAUAAUUUGCUCAUUGAUUGUCCUCCUACUCAAGGGGAAAGCAUUUUAAUCGAUGAAGCUGAUCAUCAGCCUCCGCAUAAAAUUGACGAGAAUAUGUGGAAGAAUCGAGAGUAUAUGGAAGAGACAAUCUUUUUAUUAGAAAGGUCCAAUUGGCCAGAAGGGCUUAAGCGGCAGUCAACACCUGAUGAUGUAGAAUGUACCGUAGUGCUUGACCGGGUUAAAGACAAAGUUCAUAAUACUUUGAAAAUAUUGGAGUCUUUCCAAGCUAAAAAUGCAGAACAUGUUUUUAACACAGGCUUUGCCUUUUCAUUCCUUUCGCUCAGCAGUUUGCAAUUAUCCAAGCACAUUUCUGAUGCCCCUCAAACUAGCUUGGGAUUACUUUUUAGUGUGUUCCAGCCAUUUUCAGACACCUUAUCCAGGGUCAUUGUCUGGCUGCUUGUCCAAGUCAGCAUGAUGCUCAUAGUAAUUUGUGACAACAGGCAGUUUGUAGGUUGUGGUUUGUCUGCAAUGGUCACAUUUCUAAGGGCAUGUCUUAUACUUUACAUUUUUUAUGGGAUAUAAUUGUAUUCUAGGCUU